CUGUGCCAAAAUUGAACAUUAAAGGUUGCUCUCAACUGAGCUGAACUACAACUGCACUAGUACUGUAGGUACAACACCUUCAUCAACCACUUCUCCAUCUUGAACCAUCCCACUUCAAGAAUUCAACACCUACCCGCUCGUGUCGCCCAACAUGGUUCUCAACCACUACCCCCUCCUGUCAUCUCCAGAUAUCAAAGUCCUCGACCGCUUCUCCCUCCUCAACGACGACAACGACCUCUCCAUCUCAGAAGACCCAGCCACAGGCCUAGUGCCCCUCUGGCCCCUGCUACAGUCCCUUCUGAACCCUACAAUAACAAACAACAGAAUCACAACGUUUCCCGAACUCACCUCCCUCCUCGACACCAUCUCAGUCACGCUCCACGGCACGUCUCACCCAGCUGGCGAUUACGGCCUCCUGAGAGAGGCGAUCACCUCCCGUUUUCAGGGCCGCGACGACGGGUUCUUCUUCUUCAGCCAUGUCUGGCCGCGCCUGGUGCAGCUUGCGUUGCAGAUGCCGGCGCUCUUCCCCCGGGCCGGCUCCCCCUCUUAGGCACCGGGCCUGGAGCGGGAGCUGUUGACGAGCUGGGGCUGUCGCGGCGGCAGGUUGCGUGCUUGGUUGUGCACCAGUUCUUGAGGACGCUGGUCGCGCCCGAGUGGAA